UCUUUCACUUCUGAAACAGAAGGCAAAUCUUGGUUCUUGCUCGUACAAGUACAAGGUUUGCUUCUGAGAAACAUCUUUUCUUUUGCUUUUGUUUUUCGUUCUCUUUUGUUUCUUUGUUUCUUUUUUCUCUGUCUCUCAUCUUGAACGAAAAUAAAGAGAGAAUUUGAGGAGAAGUUUUUGUUUUGCGUGCAUUUGGGUGUAAUGGGCAAUUGGAGAAAUCGUCCCCCGCGUAGAAUUUUCCGUCAACCACGAGCUCCAUGGCCGCCCCCUGAACCGCACGACCCUGGUCCUCCUCCUGGACUACAAGAUGGUGUGCCUUUAUGGGAAAAGAAAUUUUGCACUUUGGUUGGAUCAAUACCAUGGGGGAAGGUAGUAGACGCCAAGAAGUUUAUGUAUUGCCACAACAAUAUACUUAGUUGGGAUGAUUCUGCGGGUGAAGAGGCAUUUCAAAAUGCGAAAAAACGUUUUUGGGCAAAGAUCAAUGGACUCCAAUGCGAUAUCUCUCUUCCUGAUCCGGAUGUUUAUAUUGAUGACAUAGAUUGGAACCCUACCAUUGAUCCUGAACUGAUUAAGGAAUUGGAUCGAAAUUGGUUUGCUCCUGAUGAGGAAGAAAGGAAUACAAAGGGGUGGCGUAAAAACAAAAAGACAAAAAACUCAGUGUCUGAUCCUUCAGAAGGGCACAAUAUGAACCAUGAAAAUAAUGACAAUCCUUGGGAAUGCAACAAUAUGCAGGAUAGUGGAGCUUCAAAAAAAAAAGCACAGGGAUGGAACCAAUGGGAAGACAAUAAAAAUGAUUCAAGAAAUUUGAAUAAUGGCGACAAUCCUUGGGAACCCGGCCUUGCUCAAUGCAAUGGAGGUAUGAUGGACAACGCAUGGGCUCAUUGUGGCGACAAGUCAUGGGGUUGGAAUAAGGUGGGAAACCAUGUCAACCAACCAAGGAAUUGGGACAAAGGUGGCAAUUCUUGGGAGCAUGGCUGUCAGGCUGUGGUCUCAGUGAAGGAUAAAGGAUGGGGUGAUCGUGGGAAUAAAGCUUGGGGCUGGAACCAGCAGGAGCCAAAGAAUUUGUAUAAUAGUAACCAUCCUUGGGAAAGCAGGUUUAAUCCAAAUCCAAAUAGAGGAUGGAGAGAUUGUGGGGGAAAUGCACGGGAUUGGAAACAGUGGGACAAUGAUAAUAAUUAUAAUAAUGAGCUAAAGCAUGGGGAAUUUAGAAGAACUGGUGAAGGUUGGGGAACCAGGGUUGAGGGUUCCUGGAAGAGGGAAGGUUCUCAUCCAUAUGUAGCUACAAAAAGCUCCAAGUAUCAAGGCAUUGGUAACCAAAGAGGUGAUUGCUGGAGGAGGGGGCAAACUAAGAAGAGGGUCAGUUUUGCCCCCUGAUCAGUAGUAAGUGAUGGAGACUUGGCCUUCUGUUUUUUGCUAGUAGAUAUUUCAAUUGCUGAUUUAUCGCAUAUUGCAAAAUUCUGUCCAUGGAGUUGGGAGAAGUGGGUUUUGCAGAUAUGCUAUGGAGCUAUGUAUCUUGUGUUGUUUUCAUACCUCAUAAGCAAAAGGGCAAGUGGUGCGCUUGUGGAAUGCUAUUUUUUCAACACCUACAAGGGAUAAAAUAUGAGAGUCUAGGAGCUGUAGAAGAGCAAGGGAAUCUCAUAUUUGUAGUUUUAAAAGAACACAGAUUUUUUGGACCUCACAUAGUCACAUGAUCAAUGUGGCUUGUGUUUCUUUUACUUGCCAGAGUUGCGAGAGUUUUUUGUUAAUUGAGAUCUUCCAGCAGAUUCUGUUAUUUCCCAAUUUCAUACAGCCUUGUUAUAGUGAUAUCUCUUCUAUCAAGAGGAAACCUGUUUCCCUGGAUUCCCUUAAAUUCCCUUAAAAGUGAUAUGUGGAAUUCGUAAUGUUUAUUUCGGUCUAAACAGUUGGGGAAAUUGGUAUUUA